AUGGCCAAGAGAGCGACCGGACAAUCUGGCGGUAAAUUCCGUGUAACACUUGCUCUUCCCGUUGGUGCCACAAUCAAUUGCGCAGAUAAUUCUGGUGCUAAAAACCUGUACCUCAUCUCAGUCAAAGGAAUCAAGGGUCGUCUUAAUCGCCUUCCCUCUGCAGGCCUUGGUGAUAUGUUUAUGUGCACCGUCAAGAAAGGAAAACCUGAACUCAGAAAAAAAGUAUUGCAGGCUGUUGUUAUCCGUCAACGAAAGCACUUCAGAAGACGCGAUGGUGUGUUUAUUUAUUUCGAAGAUAAUGCCGGUGUUAUUGUCAAUCCCAAGGGAGAAAUGAAAGGAUCUGCAAUCACUGGUCCAGUCGCCAAGGAAGCCGCUGAUCUUUGGCCAAAGAUUGCAUCUGCAGCUGGCGCUGUUAUCUAA